CUUGGCCAACAGUCGAUAUUUUUUUCCAGGUACAACAUAUUAUUUUUGAUCUUCACGUACGUCCUGCCUAUUCUUUCCAUGGUUUACUGUUAUUACUGCAUCUGCAAUUUGCUAUGGAACACCAGAGUUAUUGGUGAACGUAUAGAUGCACAGUGUAAAAUACAGGAGGAUCGUAAAAGGAUGAUCAAAAUGCUGAUAUUCGUGGUAUCAUCAUUUGCGGCUGGCUGGCUUCCUUUCCAUGUUUACUUCUUAGUUGAAGGGUUCUGGCCUUGGGUGAAGCUCUACAAACACUCGCGAAUCAUCUACAUCUGUCUUUACUGGCUGGCCAUGCUGAAUUCAACGCUGAACCCUUUGAUUUACUUCUGGUUUUUACCCAAUUUCAGACGACACUUCAAUCAAAUCUUAACAUGCUUCUUUAGAAUCUUCCCGGGCAGCCACAAAAGGCAUGGGAAAGUCGGGAUUAACCAGCUGGACCGUUACGACAACUCCAGGGCAAUCGCGGCCAGUCGGAAGAAUGGGCUAAGUAACGGGACAACUAUGGAUACCUUCGUGUCGCACUCUCAAAAACCUUCGUUGGAUGCAUUGGCAGACGGAUCAGUUGACGACGCGCAGCAGAUUUGCGAGACUGAUGCGUGAACUUAGUACCCGGAUAAAAUUUCUAACCCAAGGGCCACAAAACGUAGGCGUACCUAACGGAGUUGUAGAUGGUUAUAGGGAGAGCGCUCUGGCAGCAUAUGCUUUACGUUAUUUUAUACCCAGUGGCUUAAAUUAUUAUAGCUGUGUUUCUAUAUCUAAGCUCUAAGGGUCCCUAGUUGACUUCGGAACUCUAGAAGAGGGCUCGAAACCGGUAUUAAUAUACCUGUUAAUAUAGUUUUACAACCGAAACAAUGUGUUUCGUUCAUUCAAAAUACCUAUGCGUCAAAAUUUCGUCAAAGGUCCCACUUUAUCGUUUACCAUAAGGACGAGAUUUGCUUGUAUCUUUGUACAAAUAACCUGUCAAAGAGUUUUUAUGGCUUACUCGUUCUAUCAUGCUUUGAAAUUUUCUAUUUAACCGGCUUUUCGUUCUAAAAGAACGAAGGAAGAACUGGUAUUGAACUCAAUCUCAAUUGAAUAAUUCUUUAACUGAUAACUGCAAACAGGAACUAAACCCUUUUCAUUCUUGGGUGAAUGAACGUAACCGGUUUGAAAAUUAAAUGGUUUUCGAGCCUAUAAUAGAAACACAAACAAAACAUAAAUGCAUGCGAAUAAAUCUUUACGUAAAAGUAAAGUUCUGGCUUAUCAAUUAGUCAUUUGGUAAGUUUAAGACCUAAUCUUAUCAACGUUGAUGUUGGCUUUAGACAAUAUCAUGCCAUUAGGUAUAAUAUUAAGAAAAUAUUUUUAUAUGUACUCUCUUAAACUCGCAAGUAGAUGUAUUUGAACAUAAGAGUGCUGGCACAUAGACUAGAAGUCCAAUUAUGAUUUA